AUCAAACGUUUGGGUUCACUUUCAUAUUCAGUUUAAAUGUAAAAGGGAAAGCAACAGUCCACAGAAUCACUGAAACACACACAAACUGUGGACCUGGUUUUAAUGUCAUCUCAAAUGGCCUCAUGGUAAUAUAGCUAGAAGGUUUGAUGUGACCUGUGAAGUGCCGUCCUACCAUAACAGGUUGUUUAUGAAAUGAAAUAUUACAGAAAACAGUUCUGAAAUUUGGAAAUUGAAAAGAUCCUUCCCUAUGAAUUGACAGAAGAGUGAUUUUAUCUUAACUGGGGAAUUAAUUUAAUUGAAACAUUGAGACUAAAUUGGGUUCGAAGAAACUAAGAAACAUGGGCGAUGAGAAAUGGAGUAGUCUACACUGAGAAGAGUGUGUGUAGAGCAGAACUGUAGGUAUAUUUAGUUAGUUUUUAUUUAAUUAUUAAAAAAAAAAGUAAAAACAUAAGGUCCAGUUAAUAUACAAUACAAAUCUGUCAGAUUUAAAAUGAUUAUACAUGGUCAUGGUCCAACACUUUCAGCCGAGUGGGCAACAUAACUAAGAUUUUCUGGUAUAAAUAGUGAAUUAAGAUCAUUUGCUUUAUGCUCGAACUUUAGAGAUUUUGUGAGCUUGAGGAAAUAAUGGUACAUGUAGUUCAUUCGCUCUGUAGGCAACUUGUGAUGUACCAUCUGUCAAAGUUAGUUUACUAUAGAGUACAGAAAUGUGCUGCUUUUGUAGGCUACCUCUGUUUCAGAGCGUGCAGAAGACACAAAGUUAUUUUAAACAAGGGGAAAUAAAAUGAUGUUCGCUGAGAUGGACCACUGCGAACGGUAGACCUGUUGGUUUUGUUUGGACCUUAUGGAUCUUAUGGACUGGUUUUAGGCACGACGAACGGAAAUGGGCAGUGCCUCCUGAAGAGGAGAGGGUCUGAUCUGCGCAUGCAGCACCGAUACUCCGACUUUAGGCGGGCUGGUGUGCUUGGAGAAGCUCGAGACCACUAAAAAAAUAACAUGAGCCGCUCGGUGACAUCCGCAGAAGUUACGUCGAAGUCGUGACUUGACCCGGUCUUGGUUCAGACCCUUCCUCAUCAUCACCAACAACUGCAGACUGGCCGCGGCUGCUCCGCGCGCACUGCGGCGCUUUGAAACCUCGGAACGACACGGAGCCAGGGGCGCGCGGCCGCUCCUCUGGGCCGCUGUAGCAGGAAUGAUGCUCGCGCUCACCUUCACCUGCCGCGCGCUGCUCGUCUUCCUGCUCUCGGAGUCGGUUCAGACCGACAGAACAGCGCCUUUUCUGAUCGCAGAGAACAUGUGGCCUCGCGGUUGUGUCCUGGACUGCCAGAGGGGGCGCCACAGAGCUGUGUGCGGUAGCAACGGCAGGUUGUAUAAAUCGCUGUGUGCCUUCCAGCGGGCACAGUGCAUCAACACACAGCUCCGCCUCGCUCCACGAACACACUGCUCAGAUUCAAAUCAGUCCAAAUGCCAGCUGGCCCGGGCUCUGGCCCUGGAGGCCAGCACCCACAACAGCGGUGGUCAUGUUAGCCCAGCUUCUGCCAUCUUUGUGCCAGACUGCCAUCUGGAUGGUCACUUCCUGCCAGUGCAGUGCCACAAUCAGACCGGAUACUGCUGGUGCUCCACACCCGACGGCAAACCUGUCAGCGGUACCUCAGUCCUCCAUCUGAUCCCCAACUGCACUGAUCACAUCACCAGGUUGGCUCAGACCACUGAUGCAGAUUCAGCUCCAAUCAAAGAUGAAGUUGGUGAACCUGGGCCUACACUGGACCCCAGAAAACCUUCAGAGCUGACAGCUCCUCCGUUCUGGGUGACCAUCCUGAUGAACGGAAACCGCUCGGGCAGACGUCCCACCGACAGUCCUCGGACGUGUGAGCGUGAGCGAGCGUCGCUGCUCUCUCAGAUGCGUUCAGCCAGGCAGGAAGAGCGUUUCAUCCCAGAAUGCACUGCAGAUGGCCGCUACAGCCCCGUGCAGUGUCACACUGCUACAGGUUACUGUUGGUGUGUCCGGGUAGAGAGCGGCAGGCCCCGCCCAGGCACCUCUGCAAGGAAUCGCAUCCCAGCCUGCACUGGGGCAGAGGAGGCACCAACAGACAGGAAGUACAGGGGAAAACCUCUGCCAGGGUGUCCCGGAGCUCGUAAGAAGCAGUUCCUGCAGAGUCUGGUUAGAGCUCUGCAGCUGGAAGCAGAGCAUGCUGGAAGUCUGAGUCCCUACCAGGCCUCGAACACACCUCCCUCCAGUUCUCCCUUUCCAUCUUUCAACGCUCCAACCUCUGCCACACCUUCCUCCUCGACUCUGGACGUUGCCUCUACUGCUGCUCUGGAGGCUGCAGAGUCCUCCAGGCCAGAGGUGGUGCUGCGGUGGCACUUCAGUCAGCUGGACGAGGACUCCAGUGGGGUGCUAAGCGAACUCGAGGCUCGACCCCUUCGUCAGUUCCUGCGACGGAGGCUGAAGCCCCGACGGUGCGCCAAGAAGUUUGCGCAGUACUGUGACAGGGACGGAGACCGAGGCCUGACGCUGGAGGAGCUGAGGGUUUGCCUGGGCCUCUGAGGUGGGUCACAGCCAGAGAGCAACAAGACAGAUCACCCGAUGCCAAAGGCCAACUCUCCUUUCAAGGUUCUAUUUAUUCAUCCAUAAAAUCAUGGAACUUUCAUUGCUCACAUCCUUUUCAUCCAACACUGAUUAAAAGACAAAACAAACAUAAAUGCCUUCUAAUGUCCUCACUGUCAUUGUGGCCAGCCUCCCGGCUCUUCAGGAUACAUUAUUUAUCCUCUUCUUCUCAGUUUUGCCGCUAUUCCCAGCCUCCACAGGCUGCAGUAGUUCCACAUAACAGACAUUAAACACAUUUUGAAAUGAACAUCGAAUGACCUAAGCUUCCUCUGGCAGUAUAAAUGUUUUUUAGGCAUGACUUUGCAAAGACAUGCUCCCUCCAAGUCAACUGUCCUUUUGUUUUUGCAAGAAUCAACUAUCAUCUCUUAUGUCUUCCUGCCACUGAUGCGUCCUUCUUCCCUGACUUGCCAUUUCCUUCACUUUCCUUCAUUUACAGGGCUGUCUCUGAAUCCUUUCCUUUAAUUGUACCUUCUUUCCUUUAGUCUCUGCUCCCUGUCUUUUCCUCUUGCUCAUGAUUCCUCCUUCCAUUGUCUUCACCCUGUUUUCCUGACAUCUACUUCCUUGCAUCUUUUUGUAUAAUCCCUUCGGCCUUCCCUUAACUCUUUUGUCCUAGGUCCUUUCCUUCUUUCCUUUGAUUCCUACCUCCUUCUCUAGCCUACUUCUUUUGUUCCAUCACUCCUUCAGUUUUUUCUGUUCUCCUUUCCUUAAUCUCUAUCUCUACAGACAUACUUUGCCUCCCCAUAUUUUAUAUACAUAUUGCCAAUGUAUUGAUGUAACAUAUUUUGAUACACAUUUUGAUCAUGGUUAAUUCAUAAUGUUUUAUACAUUGUAUUUUAGACAACAUAUCAGUCUGCACCACUUUCUAAAACACUAAAUUGUUUGCUGAUUGAUUGUGACUUUGCCAUGAAACACAACUUUGAUGAACGUCCAAGUAGUUUCCAGUUUUUGAUGCGAUUCCCUGAUGUUUGUAAAUGUGAUUUCAAUAAAAUGAUGUUGUCAUCUA